GGUGGCGCUGGAGGUCGGGUCGGCGCGCGAGGCCGACGGCCAGGAGCGCGAGCGACGCCCUCAGGGGAACAGCCGCUGACUGUUGACGGGCCGGCUCGACGAUCGGCACGCUGCGGAACACAGUCGAGAUGAGCGCCCCGCUGCCAAAGAAGCGGCUGUACGGCCGGUGCCGGCGACAGCCGAGCGUCGACGAGUCGGACUCGGAGAUGACGCAGGCGACGGACCUCUCGGCGGGCUCCGAGGGCGAGGGCCGCGUCUCGCCGGCCGGCGCCGCGCCGCCGCCGCCGUCGCUCCCCUACCGCUGCCCGCUCUGUCCGGUCACCAGCACCAGCUCGGCCGAGAUGAUGAGCCACAUGCGCCGCCACGAGUCACCGCGGCUCGAAGCCGCCUCGCCGCGCCUCGAGGCCGCCUCGCCGCGCCUCGAGGCCGUCUCGCCGCGCUUCGCAGCCGCCUCGCCGCCGGCCGACUGGGAGGACGAGUCGGUGUCGGACGACGAGCCGGUGCCGCCGGAGCUGGCCGGCCGCGAGCCGCCGCUCACCUGCAACGUGUGCGGCAAGGAGUUCCCGAUCCCGGCUCGUCUGCUGCGCCACCAGCGUAUCCACACGGGCGAGAAGCCGUUCCGCUGCGAGUUCUGCGGCAAGACGUUCUCCGUCAAGGAGAACCUGAACGUGCACCGGCGUAUCCACACCAAGGAGCGGCCCUACAAGUGCGAGGUGUGCGGCCGGGCCUUCGAGCACUCGGGCAAGCUGAACCGGCACCUGCGCAUUCACACGGGCGAGCGGCCGCACAAAUGCUCCGUCUGCAGCAAGGCGUUCGUCCAGUCCGGCCAGCUAGUGAUCCACAUGCGUGCGCACACGGGCGAAAAGCCGUACGGGUGCCAGACGUGUGGCAAGGCGUUCACCUGCAGCAAGCAGCUCAAGGUGCACCGACGCACACACACUGGCGAGAAGCCCUACACCUGCAACAUCUGUGGCAAGUCGUUCGGCUACAACCACGUGCUUAAGACGCAUAAGAACUCGCACUACGGCCAGCGCAUGUACAAGUGCACCAUCUGCAGCGCCACCUUCCCCCAGCGCAAGGCCCUCGAGCAGCACCUGACCGAGCACAGCGCCGCCGGCAAGCAGCUGGCGCAGCCGGAGCUGGCGGCGGCGGCAAGCGGCGCAGUGCGACGCUCCGCCUCCCCGGAGCUGCCGACAGCGCCGCCGGCCAAGCGGCCAGCCGCGCCCGCCUUCGCGCUGACGCCCUCCUACCUGGCGGCCGUGUCGAGCGCCGCCUCGGCGCUGCCGUCGCUGGCGGCGCUGCCGCGCUGGUACACGUACCCGGGCGCCGCGCCCGCCGGCCUGCCGUCCGGCUCGUCGACGGAGAGCCGUGACUCGCCGCCGGCGGCCGCCUCGCCGUCGCCGUCGGUGGUCAGCUCGCCCGACCGCAGCCCGCCGCCGGCGCCCCUGCCGCCGCCGCCGCAGCAGCGGCCGGCGAGCCCGCCGGGCGCCGACAGCUUCACCACCAAGGUGACGUUCAUCCUGACGAACCUGAUCGGCGCCGAGGGUCUGCAGCGGCUGGGUUACCCCGAGUGCGGCAUCGGCGAGGUGCUGCAGCGCGCGCUGCUCUUCUGCUCCGAGAUGCCCUGCACGGACGCGGCCGUGGGUCGGCUCGAGCAGCUCAAGUGCAACAUGCGCACGCUGUUGCACUGGUGCAUCCCCGACCAGGAGCAGUGGCGCACGUACGGCUGGAGGAACCGAUCCAUCGAAGAGAUCGUCGACCAGUUCUACGGCGAGUGCAGCCGCGAGGAGGCUAGCCGGCAGCCGGGCGCGGUGGCUAAGGCCGACGCGCCGCCGGCGCCGCUGGCCGCGCCGCUCCAGCUGCUGUAGGCGCGCCGUGUCGCGCACGUGUCCGUGCCAUAUCAGCCCAGCCCCAUAAUGUCACCGGCCAUACUUUGGAACGGAGAGGCGUCGUCGCACCGCGUGGGACGGCCGACAAGGCUGCUGGCGCUGGCAGAACCGCCCGCCACUUCCAGUCGUCGCCAGGGGGCGGUUUUUCCGCGCGUGGGGGGCGAUUGCGGUUUCAGUCAUAGAUCUCUGUGUGCAGUCAGUGUGUUGCUUUGCAUUAAGCUGCCUCGAUCGACGCAGCGCGUCCGGGAGAGGGCUGAGAGCGCUGGACGGGUCCGGGCUGUUCCCCUCGCCUCGACUCGCCUCUGCUGGGGUGGGGACUGCGCAUAACAGACGGGUCUGGGCCGUGCCCUCGCCGAUGCCGGUAUAAGGACUGUGAGGAACGGACGGGUUCGGGCUCGAGGCUGCCGGCCAGCGCGACGAGUCAUGACUCCGAGUCGGCCGCGGCUCCGGCGGCGUCGCGCCUGCCCGUCGCCGCUUGUGUGCAGACGCGUGCGCGGUGACGUAGAGCUGGCCUCCUGUCGCACUGCUCUCAGUUGUGUCCGGAACACCGCGAUCCGUUCGCCGCUCAGGUCGAACUAUUCGGGAGAAACGGGUGAGGAGUUCGCGAAGCGCGGACUUCACGAGCGCCGCGGCCCACGGCAGGGCCGGGGUCGGCUGUCAUUGACGCGUUUACCAUUUUGUAACCCUACCUUUCAUAGACGGUUUAUUGAGUGACGCGUCUCGCACCACGUAGUCAAUACAAAGCGUACGACGAAUUAUGGCUUGGCUGUCUUUCGAUGUUCGAACGGUCGGCGCCAGAGACCGACGCUCGUGACCAAGUAUUGCACCGCUCUAAGACACAGAUUACCGCCAUCAUCGAAUACUUCGUAACUUCCUCAGCCAGCGUCACGAAUAUAAGUUCGCGGCAGGCACACAGACGUCGGAUUGGG